CCUCUAGAAGUUACUCAUGAGGAAAUGCCACCUCUAGAAGUUACUCAUGAGGAAAUGCCACCACUAGAGGCUGACCUUGAAGCUGCACCACCACAAUUGAAUGUGGCUGGUGACAUGCCUCAACGGAGGUUUACUUUUAAUUACAUGGAGUCACAUAUAACCACUAGCCAUUUAUGUCACUCUGCCUCUCCACCUAACGAUACUCGCCUGUCUGGAUUGGCGCUUAAAACCCAAACACUUAAUACAUUAAAACAUGAUGCUGAUUACAAAAACAGUGGCAGUCUUAGCAGUUCUGACAGCUCUUCAAGCUUCAAAUCUUGCGUCGGUGAUUUUCCUCCACAAAAAUUCUUGUCAACACUGGGGAAAACACCUGACCUGCAGACUUCACUGCCUAAUGAAAAAGGUGCUGCUUCAUCUAUCUGUGUGGAAAAUAGCUCACUGUUCUCAAGCCUCUCAAAAUCAAUUCUACCACAAGACUGUCUGGAGAUUCCAGAAACCAUGAAAAAGUUUUGCUUAGGGAGGGGGAAAUUUUUAUGCCAGAGUAUUGUUGAACAUAAACCGUCCAAGAAAGAAGAUGGAGAUCUGCAGAGUGUGGCUCAUUCGUUGUCAGAAAGCUCCAAGGUUACAGGUGAUAAUUUAAAAACAGCUUGCUUAACUACACAAGGCAAACAGUCAAGCAAUUCUCACUUAAAAAUUCAUGAAAAUAUAAAUGAGAACAAACUUUCUGGCCAAGGAGCUAGACCUAAAGAAACCAAAUUGUCAUUACAGUUCAGCACUUCAGACACUGAGAGAUUUAACGAUGCACAAGAUAUUCAGGUUUCAGCCAAAAAUUCAGGCCAGUUGUAAGUUUAAACUUUCGAAAUUAGUUGAUUGUUUUAGUUUAUAAAUUCUUCUGCCACUUAUUCUACAUAAAAAGUAUUUUUAAACACUACAUAAAAAUUAAAAUAAUUAUACUGUACUUUGUAAAAGUGGGGUUGGGUUUAUUUGCUGAAACAACACACGGUUUCUAUUUGAUACAUUUUUUAAUACUGGUCAACAGAAAAAAUGUGAGUACGAUUCUUCAAAGCUGUUAUUAUCAGAAAUUGUCAUUUUAAAACAAACUGGCCAGACAUGAUUAAUAGGCAUAUCAUAAAAUGAAAAGUUUAAAAAGUUAUUUAAUUACACAAACAUACCCUUGUUUACUCUAUUUAUGUUAGGGUGUAAGAAAAAGAAAGGUCAGUAAUAAGUGGUAUUUGAAAUAUGCAUCUUUCAGGUCAUUUCACAAAAUGUCCUGGAGUUAUGAAAUAGAAAUACUCAGAUCUUUCAGAGUGGCUUUUAGUGGGACAUUGCCUAACUUUGAAAUAACACGUCUACUCUGAUAUUGUUCAAUAUCAUUGGAAACCUUUUUUUUUUUUUUUUUUUUUUUUUUUUUUUUUUUUUUUUUUGUUUUUUUUUUUUUUUUUUUUUUUUUUUUUUUUUUUUUUUUUUUUUUUUUUUUUUUUUUUUUUUUUUUUUUUUUUUUUUUGUUGUUGUUAAAUUGAAAACUGUGUAAUUCAGAACGUAAUUAAUUUCUUGAAAGUAUUAGUAGUAAUAUAGUUGCCAGGAAAAAAAAAAUCUAUAUAAGGAGUUGGCAGCUCUUCAGAGGCUAGUGAAAUGUGUCGCUAGGAUAACUGGUUAUUAAUUUUAAAACAACAUCACUGCCAUGAAUUAUUCUGAGAUCCAUUUAUUUGUGAAUUUUUUGGAACAUGAUAAUGAGCUGUAGUUUGGCGUUCAUCAUUCCCUGGGUUGUUAAGGGUUUAUGUUAUGGUUUAUGGAUCAUUUUGUUUUUAAGUCCAUUUGACAUUUGAUUUUAAAUGAUCAUUGCGUUAUAUUUUAAAUGAUGAUGUAAUUGUAUUUGUUAUUCAACUUUUUUAUCAGAGAGACAUCAGUAAAUUCAGAAUCUGAGACCAGCUCUCUUGUAACUUCAGGCGUUAGAGGUAGAUACAGGUAAAUAAAUGGCCCAACUUUAUUCUUACAAAGAGACUUUAAUACAUAUUUUUCUGUUAUUGUUACACCACUCUCACAUUUUAUAAAACUUGAAUGACAUAAUUUAAGUACAACCCCUUUUAAUGCAUUAGUAGUUCUGUUGAGAUGUGAUGGUUUAGGAUGCAUCAGUAGAUGACUAUCAAUUUUUAUCUUGCCUAUGGGACAUUGGAUUAAGGGUAGUGCAAACGUUGAAUUUACCAAUACCAUUUUACACCUGAUCCAAUUUUUUCAUAGUUAUAAAUUUGCUGACACUCGAAUGCAAUUACAAAAUAAAAUAAAAAAACUAUCCCAUUUUAAAAUAGGUUCAUUGGGUGACUAGGUGACAUAUAUCCUAACAGUAGUAAUAUUAAAAGGUUUGGUUGUGAUAUUAAAUAAUUUAACUUUUAAAUUUACAUUUAAAAAUUGUGACACAGGAAGAGUGGUGGAGGCCUUUCCAAUUCUAAACGUGCUGCAAACAUGGAUUGGAUAAAAAUAAGAGAAGCUCAGUUCCAAGUUAUUGAAGGAAGAAGGUAUGGUGAUUUGUAAAAGUUGGGUUGCCAUGAUGAAUCAGCAGAAAAUUUCUAUUCAGCCACUGUGCCAAUCAAUUGUUACAGGCCUUUUUGUGACAGAUUAAUUGGCAAGUCUGCCUACAGAAUUUUUUUUCUCUAAAUCUAGAUGUUUUUAAUGGAAUUUUGAUUAUUCUUAUGGGACAUGAUCGAAUUUGCACCAAAUUGUUAGCUGAUGUAGCGAGGCCAUUUUAAUUGUUAAUUAGCCAUUAGCUAAUUUGUUUAUCAGAGCAACCCUUGUUACAGUUGUUAUAUUUUAUUCUUGAUUUAUGGAUGAAAAAGUAUGCAACAAAUUAAAAUACUUAGUAUUAUGGUGUUUUUAAAUAAAAUAGAUUUCUUGUUAUUUCCAAUUUCUCACCAAAUUGCAAUUCUUAUAACUUUAUUCUAGGCUGCUGGAAACUCUAAGAGCUACUAGUGGACAAACUCUUCCUACUCAAAUAGAAAAUUAUCCAAUGGUUAGCAAAUUUAUAAUCACUUGAAAGAGUCAUUCAUGAAAUGCAGUAGAAGCAUUAGUUAAAUAAUUUACAUCAAUUUUUUUUAAAUGCCAAAUUUGUAAUAAUAAAUUUUGAUCACAAUAUUUUAUGUAGUAAAUUAUUUUCAAGAAUCAUGACCCUACCACGCCAGUUUUACAUAGGAUAUGUUCCAUCAAUUAUCGAAAGUAAUAAUAAAGUACAAAGCCAGGCACUCCAUUUAAUCUCCUGAGUUUUAAUAUCUACUCCAAUAGUAGCAUGUGAAAUACAUACUAAUACUAAGCCCAUAAAUCUAAGAUGGUCUCUGGCACUUGCCAAAGUGGCUACUGGCUCUGAAUGAUGAUGAUUUAACAAAACAAAAAAAAUUAAGCAAAGUUAUAUCUGAAGUAAGUACUAGUGACCUGCUUUAGGGCACUAUCAAAAAAAUGUAUUUUUAUUGUGUUAGACAGCCAUUUCCAUCAAAUGAAGUUUUUCAACUUUUUCCAACAGAUUGUAUGUCAGGACAGACCAUUGCCACAGCCUGUUCUGGGUGUACUUGUCCAUGGUAUUGGCUUGCCUAGUCUAGCCUGCGACGUUUCAGAGUUACCUUUCCACAGGGAUGUUAAAAAGGUAUUCAUUUCUUCAUGAGAACCUAUUGCUAAGUGCAGUGUUUUCCAAAGUGUGGUACACGUAGCCCUGGGGGUACGGGAAGAGUUUUAUGGGGGUACGCGCUGCAAAGGAAAAUAUAAUAUUUUUUUAUGUUAUUGAAGUAUAUGCAAUUUAUUCAGUGUUAUGAAAAUUAUAGACAGGGGUACACAGAUGUCGAAAGUUUGGGAAACACUGGUUUAGUGCAUGUAAUGUUAAUUUAAAAAUCAAUGCUCAUUUUGAUAUAGGGUUAAGUCUUAAACAUUAUAUUUGUUUAAUAUGGUAUUGAGUCGGUGCAAAAACCAAAAUAUUUAUUGUAUAAACUAGAACAACGAUGCUAAUUAAUAAUUGAAGGAUUGCAUUCAAGCUAUGUGAAGGAAAUAGUAAAACAAGGUAUGUUGAAGCUUGAAUCUAAAGAAGAUGCUCUAGUUUAUAAAAUAUAUAUUUUGGAUUAUUUAAAUCUUCAACUUCUUUAUAAAGCCCUUGUAGCUUCAUGUAAGGCUUUACAAUCUUUGAAAUUUUUUUUUAUCUUAGGUUUUGGAGAAUCAUUCCAUUAAGACGGCGCAGAGCAUUCAGACCUUUGCUUGGGCAGCUGUACAUAGUGGUCGGCAUGUGGUGGGCAUUGCACCUGCCAGACACGGCAAGACGCUUGCCUACGUUCCUGGAUUAAUCUCCGAGCUUCUGGAUGAGAUACCUUAUGUGGCACUUCCAAAUGGGAAGGGUGUAAGUCAUAAACCGUCAUGUCAGUUCGGAUGUUACUUUCAUUCUGAAUUCUAAUUAUGCUCUAAAAUCUAUUUUUAAUCUUAUUCACUCUAUAAAAACCAUGUAAAGUUUUUUAAAUGGUUACUCCAUAAAGAUCUAUAAUAAUAAUUCCGGAUUGGAUCUUGUCCACCUCAAGGCCAUUAAGGAGUAAAACAUUCUUUUUUAAAAAAAAAAUUUCAAACAUGCGUAAAUAGUGUUUUUUGGGGGUAAAUUUUGACAAAAGACCUAAUUGUGCAAAAUUAUUCAAAUAAAAAGUUUAAAAGUUAUUUUUUUAUAUUUAAAAAUUUAUAUUUAAUACAAAUACAUUAAAAAUAUAUUAUAACAAAUAAUUUGAAAAAUUUUGUUUUUAAAUUAUUGAAAUUUUAAUAGGUGAUAAAUAAAUAGAAAAAUAAUAAUAAUAAAGCUAUGGCUUACAUGACUAAAUCAGGCCUAAACAAAUACAAAAACAUUCUAAGAGUUGUCAUGGCUGAGGGUAUCUUCUAACAAUCAACAAUUAUUUCAAUUAGAUAGAAAUGUUUAUCACAUUUCAAACAUUUAAUUACCAUUACAGUCUGAUGCUCUUUCUUUUAAAGACAUUAACUCCCCAUCAUGGAAUUAGGCUUAUGUCCAAAGUGGUAAAGAAAAACAAAUAAAGUGUCCUGUAGGUGUUAUUUUCUUCCAGUUAGUGUAGAGGUACUUCUUUUUCUUCUCUCAUGUGAUUGGCAUAAGCAUUCGUGUAGUCACAAAUUUUCAACAUGAUAUCCUGACAGAAAAAGAUUAAAGAAAUUUCCUGUGGAAAUAAUUAGUUUAUUUUUAAAUUGCAGGCUAGCAUGAGAUAAAAGCAGGAUUUUAUUGAUAUAACACAGAUAUAACAAUAUUUUAACAGUUGUAAUAAUAUAAAUUAUUAUAUAAUAAGAAAGUAACUUAAAUUAUAAGAAAAGGAAUAUUUUUUUUUAAAAAAAAUUAUCGAGCAUAAAUCUAAAUCUUAGGCCUAUGCCGAUAUUCAUUAGUACUGCAAUAAAAUAUUCCUUACCUGCAGUUUUUAGUUUUUGCAUCUCAUUUCUAGUUGUCUGCUUUUCAGGAUCCAUAAUAUUGAGACCAGGUUUUCUUUUAGGGAUAAAUUUAGUAUGGCUUGAGGGGGUCCCUGGUCAACAUCUUCAUGUUUUUUUUUCAAGUCAAAGUCAAUUGGCAAUGUAUUAUCUGCAUUGAUUAGAAAAAGAAUAUUUUAAAUAUAAAGCUAUGAGAAAUAAACUACCUAAUAUGUUUUAAAAGGAUAAAUUAAUAUCUUCCAUUAUUUAUUCGUUAGAGUUAGGCAAACACAAAAACAACUACUACAACAAUGAAUUCUAAAAUUAGCUUUUUGAUCAGCUGAUUAUGUAAGCAACCAUUUUUAUUUUUAAAGCCAAAACAUGAUUGGAAAAUAAAAUUAUCAUUACAAAAUUGUAAGACUAUAACUAGGAUACUAUUAUUAAAUUGGAAAAUAUAUUUUGUUGUUCAGAUUAUUUAGAAAUGUUAAUUUUGUACAUUUACCUAAACGAGUGGAUAGCUGUUUCUUUUCCUAUACAAGUAAAGUUUCAAAUUAUGUGAAACAUCCACGUCUUCAUACGAUGUUGUUUCAUAUUAAUCUGUAUCCCAAUCAUCAGAAGAGUCACUUAGGGAUUCAUCUCAGUUAAUUUUAUUGUUUUCAAAGUCCAAUUUGUCAUUUAAAAUAAUUUUUUCAAAGCAGCUAGCUUGAUUUGAGUCGCGACAAGGAAAAAAAAUGGACGAUGUAAACUUGUCUCGGUCACGUUAUAAAAAAUAAUUUUAUUUUAACCUUCUUGGGACGGAGUGGAGUAUCGAAAAAGACAGAUGUCCGAUCUAUCGACCCGAUAAUUCAAGCCUCGAUAUUUGGCUGGCUAGUCUUUAUACCAGCGAAUCAGAUUGCUUCAUACAUAUUCCUGCAAAUCCCGAAAUUGUAAUGGCGUCCUGUUUCUUUGUUCCUCUUGAGAGGUUUUUGCUUCCCAGUAGCUUCUGUAGGCUGAAAUAGGAACGGUUGCCUGCUGUUAUCCUUUCUUUCACCUCCGACAUUAUCUCAUUAUACUAGUUAAUAAGUUUAUAGUUGUCCCUAGAUAUUUGAAUGUAGCCACUCUCUCAAAUUUGUGGUUGUUUGUAUUGAUGUUAUCAUUAGCAUGGAAGAAAGAUUAUAUUAGUUCAUUCAAUUUCCUACAAGAAUAUUUAUAGUUUUAUAUAUAUUAAGGAAAUAGUUUAUUUUUUAUAAAUUAUUGUGCAAUGCGAGUGGCGAGCUCGUAAAAAGUGCUCCAUCAUUUUGGCCCAGACACCAAGAAAAGGCUCUGUCCCAAAAGGGUUAAAAGAUAAUUAUAUUUAAAACCAUAAUAUUUAUAAAUUAAAACUAUUUUACUUUAAUACUAUAAUUUUAUUUAACUGAAUAAAAAAUAAAUAUUACAACAACAACAAAAAUGUAACCUCUCCUAUCUGGCAAAAAAGCCGUAUUUCUCUAUAGUUGGACCACACAGAUUUAAUAGAUUUAGAACUGGGAAAUCAACCUGUAGUUGCACUCCAUGUCGUUCUUAGGGUUUUUAGGCUGCUCUGACUGGUGUUGACUUACUUUAUUGAUUUCAUAUGCUUAUCGGAAGGGUUUUAACAGUCAGGAUGUAUUCACGAGUGUGAUGGUAAUUUAUUUCCUAAACUCAUUGGCAACUUACAAGCCAUCGAAAAAGGCAUCAGUAUCCAUCACUGCCCACUCUAUUUAAAGUCAGUACAAAUAAGCAUUGUUUAAUAUAUGGAGUGCCAUCUGGAAUUAUUAUUAUAGAUUAUGCAUAUUUUACACGUGCACCAUGGUUGCGGCUAUAUUAUUUAGUUGUCACACAAUUGGUUAUGUUAUCUAAUAAUUGUUUGAUCAGUUUUAUUUUAUUGUGAAUGUAUAUCUAUUUCUAUCAUUCUCAUAGCAUUUAUGAAAUUUCUUAUAAUUAAAAAAUCAAAGUAAAACAAAUAGGUCUAGGCUCCUACUUUUUAAGUCAAUAAAGUGCAUUGGUGUUCAUUUGAUACAAAAACUGCUUUAACAGCCUAUAGCAUUGAUUGUGGUCCCAAACUGGAGGAAAGCAAGAGAUGUUCAUGACCAUGUUCAAAAAUUUGUUGGUUCUGAUAAUAAUCGGAAAAAAAAGAUCCCAACUAUUGUCAUAUAUGCCGGUGGCAGUGAAGAUGAGGACACUGUAAGCAGAACUAACUUUUUUAUAAUAGUAGUUUAUUUUCUUAAAUAUAUUUCCUUUUUUUUUUUUUUUGUGAUCAAUCUUAUUUUUAACUUGACAAUGGAUAUGUUAGUUUAAAUCUCUCCCUGAUAAGCUAAAUACAGAUGGAUUCCAUUGCCAUACAUAGAAAUUGUUUUCAUCAUAAGAGUAUUAUUUUUACCUUCAUUUUCUUGAUUCAUUAAUCUUCUAUCUUAUUCAGGUAAAAUUAAGUCUGCUUAAAGGGUGUAAGAUAUUAAUAUCCACACCAAACAGUGUACUGCGUAUGUUGGAUCAAGAAUUUACCAGUUUCAAGCGGCUUUGCCAUAUCGUAAGUACAUUGGGGAGUUACAUCCUCCUCACAGUUUGGUUACAUGCAUGCAUGAAUUCAAAUCCUUUGAUUGGAUUUUUAUAUCAAUUUGAAAUAUUUUGUUGUAAAAUAUAAAAUGGGUGGGUAGAAAAAUUCAAGAUCCCAGGAAGGUAGCUAUUCUUGGAGAUGAGGUUAAAGCUGAUAAAAAAAAAUCUCCAUGAAGGGUGACGAGGGCAAAAACAAAAAUGAUAUCAGAACUUCGAAAUACUGGGCCAUUUUUAUUUUUUUUAACAUGGAUUGCAAUGGACCUAUUUAAGUUAAAAAAUUCCAGAACAAGACAGAGAGAAUUUCUUCAGCUGUAUUUCAAAACCUUUAGUUUAACUCAGAAGUACCUAAACUUUUUCAAGUAAAAAUGAAAUGAGCGAAAACAACGAACGUGUCGUCAAGAAGCCUUCAUCAGCCAACAGACAGUAAAAACCAGAAUAAAUAAUAAUAAUACUUAGCUGUAAUGCAGUAUCCGAAAUGACAGAAAGUGGAUUCCUCUUGCUGUCCUCUUGGAUGCUAUACAAGAGCUAAGUGUUCUUUUUAUUUAAUUUUAUCUUUUCUGAUGUUUGUUCGCUGAUGAAUCCACUUGCUGUCCCAGGUUUUCCCAUACUUUGUUUGGCCUUCGCUCUUUUCCUUUUUUCUAACUUGAUUGCAGUCUCUCCCCCUUAUUACCAUUAAUUUUUUUCAAGUAACAGCGUCCUUUCUUCAUCGAGCUUUUCCCAAAGAUAAAGAGAAUAUUCAUGCCCUCAAAAAUUUUCAGUGUUUAGACAAAAAAAUAAACAAUCUAUUUUUUACACUACAAAUGAGAAGAAAUUUUUUUUCAUGAAUUAUUAUUAACUUAAACAUUGUAACUCAAGCAGUUAGACCAAUUUUUUUAUGAGUUGUCACAAUCACAAUGUCUUGUAAACCAUAACAGAGGCGUAGUGGUUCAAAUAAUAGUGACUAAACUUUAUUACACACGAUCACAAUAAUAGUGAAUACGAAAUAGGUCUGCAACUCAUGCCAAACAGACUAUAUCUGAAAACACUCGGACGAUAUCAUUUGUAUUUCAAUACUAGCUUCUUGGUAAACUUCUUUACUUGAUAAAGUGUUAUCACACUAUGAAUAUUCAUUUAAAACAUAAAUGUUCAAUCUUCUUACAUAAAUAUCGUGAAUCAACUGUCAUAUUAUUUAACCACCAUUGCUUGUUUCACUCCUUGUUCUCUCCUGAUUGGCCAGUCCCAAUAUUAUGUAUAUUACAUAAGUAAUAACUCCUAUAUUACUUAUCUCCCAUAUAUUCAUAUCUGUGACAUGAGUGCAUUUUGUACAGAAGAUGCAUUCAUUGUGUCAUAUACUUCACAUAACUGUGUUAUUUCUGCCAGGUAGGAAUUUCUCAUGUUCAUUUUUUGUAGAAAAUAUAGAAGUAUACAUUUGAGAAAGAAGUCUAACCUUUUCAUUACUUUUCUCUUUUAUUUCUUUUUGCAAAGGUUUUAGAUGAUGCAGAAAUGCUUGCUGCCAGAUUCCCAGAUGAGGUAAGUUGAGCUUUAAACAACUAUAAGUGGAUAAAUCCUAAGGGAAGUACAACUUUAAAAAUGUUUUUUAAAAAAAAUUGCCAAUUUAUAUCUUAACCGACUCAAGCCUAACCUACUUAAAGGAGCAUACCUCCAUUUUAAAAUGCAUAUGUUAUUCAAAAAAUAAAAGAUAAAACAAGCAAUGUCAUUGCUAUUUAUAUUUUAAAAAAUACAAAAAUGAAUGAAAUAAUCGGGAUAACAAAUUAAGAGAAAGCCUUUUAAUAAUAAUAUCUGAAGCUGACUAUCGCAUUUUUUAAAAAUUCCUGUAGUCACCAUGUGAUCCAUGGUCACUGUAGCCUGCUAGUAUAUUAUCUACAGAUCUGUAAGAGUAUUGAAUUUUAUAGUCUGUUUCAGAUUUAUCUUCAACUUUAAAAUCAUUAUUAUUACUUUCUAUUUUAAUUUCAAUAAAAUCUACAUCGAUCUUUUAGACUGUUUCAUUAUCUAAAACUUUCUAGUCUAGUAAGCUUAGUGCCUUUUGGUUAAUGAGGUUGGAAAGCCAUGCUGAACUAAAAACUUCCAUAACUUUCUCAUUUAAAGAUUUCUCUUUUAAAAAGGAGCUUCAAUCGGGAGCGCAGCAGAAAAUUUUAGUAUAGAAAUGUAUGGUAGUUAAGUUGUUAAGUGGCCAUAAUGAGUGUCCUACGUGACUAUCAACCUGCAAGGUGUAGGAAGGCGCUGGUGGUAAUUUUGGAGGCGAUCGCUGUGCUUAUUGCAGGAUAGUGUUAAAGUAAUUCUGAAGGGUUUAUUCUAUGUUUUAUUGUACUCUCCCCCACAGGUUGAUGAAAUUAUGCAGAGAUAUAAGCUCAUCAUCAAGGAAUACAAAGACCUUGAUAUCCCAAAACAGAUCAUGGUGUUUGCCAGUGAAUGGAACAGCAACAUUGACAGGUUUUGCUUGCAGUACACAAGUGUACCAAUCAUAGUCAUCUCGUCACGGGUGGAAGCCUCUGUCUACGGUGGGGUCAAGCAGGUGAGCUCCAUCAGUCUGGCUAACUGGCAUGGGAGAAGAGAUUAAUGCAGUUUGACCUGGAUCUAAAUGAAAUAUUUAUCAAUUUUAAUUUCAAGUAAUAGAAUUCUUUAAUAUUUUAUUUUUUAUUCCUUAAUAUUGAGAAUUCAUUUCAUCAUCAGAAAAUGUCAAGUGUGGAGUAUGCCAUGACUUAAGUCUCACCCUUAAUGUUACAUAUUUCUGGGGCAUAGGCUGUUAUUAAAUGAACAUUUUAUUUGGCUCUCCUGAAAAAGAAACCUGAAAGAUGUUGAUGUAAAGCUAGUCUGUCUUAAUGCAUAAUUUCUUUGCAGCAGCCAUAGUGCUCAUAUUAUUUCUGUUAUUUUAAAAUAAUAUAUAUCUGUAUGCAAAACAUAUUUUUAUACAUCUAAAUCAUAUAAAAAUUUAUAAAAGUUGCUUGUAUUUUUAACCAUAAUCAGCUUUACUUUUAUAGUUUAUUUUUGUUCUCUUUUGUUAAGUUUGUGACUUUACUCAGAUUGAAUGAAAGGCUGACAGCUUUCUGCAAUCUGCUGGAUUCUUUAAAAUCAGAUCAUGUUGUUGCAUUCAGUUCAGAUUCUGAUGAAGUUGAGGAAAUGUGGCAGGUUUGUCAAAUUGAUAGCAUAAAUGAUAAAUUAUUAUUUUUAUAUCUUUAUUUAGAUGUAGACUAUGUUUAUAAAUACAUUUUUUUAUUGUAAAUUACAAAAAGUGUCUAUCUUGGGCAGUGCAAUCCAUUCAAAUUUAAUUAUCUGUGCAAAUAUCGGAACCAUAUUGGAAAAGUAUGGUUAUGUGCACUGCAGUAGCACAGCCUGACUUUUGAUUGACAACUUAAAUUUUGAUUUAUUUAAACUUGAAAAAUUGCUCGCUUAAAAUAUUUCUGUAUAACGAAUUAAAAAAGCUAAAUAGUUCAGAAAUUGACCUGUUAAUAAUUUAAAUUGACCUCAAUACACUUUCACACAUAUAUUAAGACUGCUUAUUUAUAAUAAUAAUCUUUACCCAAGAAUGAUUAAUUCAGUCCUGUACAAUGUUUUUAUACAACAGCUAAUUAUAUAACAUAAUUUAAAAUACUACAGGCUGCAAGAUCAAGAGGAGUCUACUGCUUGAUAAUACAUGAAAAACUCUCCCAGGACACAAUAUCUGCUGCAAGAGACCAGUGGCUCCAUUCCUCUCAUACCAAACAGCUUUUACUCAUGGGUAGGAUUUGAUUUUUUUUUUUUUAAUCAAGGGCUUUAAAUAUUUCAUAAUAUAAAAAUAUCAUUUGUAUUACUGUCUGAUGUGCUUUUAAGUACUAUUAUUAUUAUUAAUAUUAGUUGGUUUUAUAUAGCGCUGUACCCCAGCCUAGGGCCAGGCUCACUGCGAUUCAUAUAAAAAUUAGCAAUUACAGGAAAGUAUACGUUAAAAACAACAAUUUGUGGAAAGCUUGACCUCAACCACCCAAGUACUAACUAGCCAUGGACAGUACCCAGCAGAAUCAAGUGUUGUUUACAGUGUGUGUGUGGGGGGGGGGGGAGAAUGAGUCGGUAUAGUACAGUUUAAAGAUAUGGGUCUCUAAUGACAUGCUGACUUUAAUGCAAACUCUAGUUUGUUGCUCUCAUUAUUCAGGGAUUAUGCUACGUUGUGAAUCAUGAAUCCAGUAAUAUUUAACUGUGAGAUAACCAGGUCACAAUGGCAGCUAACCAAAGCAAAAAUAGCUGUAAUGUGUAAAAGUUAAGUAACUGAAAAAAGAAACAAAGGGAGUAAAAUAAUAAAUUUAACACUUGGUUAUGAAUAUUUUAUUUUUCUACCAGUUUGCACUGACCAGUGCUAUGAAGAUCUGGCUAUCACAAAUGCUACUUGUGUCAUCCAUUAUGGGCUGCCAGCGUCCAAAACAAAGUUUGGCAAUCGCCUUAUGUGCAUGCUGGAUUAUUUUAUUGACAGAACAUCUAAAAUUCAGGUAAGUUUUCCUGGUUCAUUAUACCAAUUCAUCAACUUGAUUUCACAGUGCAUUUGCACUUUGCAACAUUCUAAAAAAAAUUUAUGUGGGCCUGCUUCUUAAUUUCAAAAACAGUCUAUCUAGUUAUGUUAAAAGCUGUUCAAAAUUAUUUGGUUCUUGUCAAAGAAUAUAUUUAUUUAUUUAUUUAUUUAGGCAUUUUUAUAUAGCGCUUAUCAUAAAGCUCUAAGCGCUUUAAAAUUAUUAAAACAUUUUGAAAUAUUUUUAACAUUUUCAUUAUUCAUGAUUAGGCUGUGUUGUAACCUCAGUCAGAAAAAAUCCCAAUUUUAUUAUUAUAUGGUAUAAAAAUAUAUUUUGUUAAAGUAGCAAAGUUUUGUGUUGUGUUUUCUUUUAAUUUUGAUCAACGUUUUUAAUUUUUAAUAUUUUAGUGUCCACUUGGUUUUAUUUUUCUAUUUCAUAAAGAAAAUGGUAAUGUUAUAUUUUUCUUUUCUUAUUAUUUGCGACAUAAACGUAUGCAGUUCUGCAACCCAUACUUGCUAGAAUUUUCCCAUAUUUAUGGAAAAUUAGCACCUUCAAGGGAGUAAAUAUCAUUAUUUUUGAAGUCUUAAGAUGUCAAAUUAUACACUAUAUAUGCAAUAUUUCAUUUGUCAGUAAUACAUUUUUCAUGUUCUUUCACUUCAAUGAUUAAUUCAUUUUUACAAAUUGUUUUCCUUUGUUUAUAGCCUGAGAUGCAACCAGUGUCCCAUGUAAUUUUGACUGAAAAUUGUGCCAACCAUCUCAGCAGCUUUUAUGAGUUAUUACAGCGCUGCCCUUCUGAAUAUGAUGCUAAGAAUUUGGAAGGCUUUCUAAAUGGAUAUAUAACUGCAAGCAACUAAUAAAUUCUUACCUGCAAACUACUCAAAUUAUGAGCCAACUGAUACUGUAUUAUCUUUAAAUUUGGAUCAUAUUUAAAAUUAUUUUAAACAGCAGUGAAUACUUUUUUUUUUUUUAAAUGUUGGUGUUGUUUUUUCACCUUGUCAUUAAAAAGAUUUUUGAUUUUUUUUAUGUGUUGGUUUUGGUUAAAUCAAGUAAAUGCCUAGUAACAGCCUAUUUAAAAAAAGGCACAAACUCAAAAGUAUGUUUUAUUUUAUUGAAUAUUUUUCAAAAUGAAAAUAUUAAAAUCUUUGAUGUACAUUUGUCUAUGACAAAAAAUUGAGGGUCAUUAUAUUAUAACAGAUGAGAAUUUUUUUUAAACUGAUUUUGGACUAAAUUUACUAAAAAAAAACUUGAUUUGAAAUGCUGAAAAUUCCUUUUUUACUAUAACAUUAUUUCACAGAUUGUGUCCUUAAAUUUGAUGACUUAAUAUUAUCUGUGCAGUAAGGGCCAAUAUUUGAAUUUUAUUUUAUCUUUACUGGGAAAACAUUUUUUUUUUAAUUAAACGUGUUCACAUCUCUAAAUUGUGUAUCUGCUUCCUCAGAGUCUGGAAUCUGACCCCACGAAACAUCUAUGUCCUCUCUUGAAGUCAUUUGGCAAGUGUAUGAAGUAAAAAAUUCCAUUUGUUAAUUUUAGCAAUUCUCAUAUUUUUACAAUUUUAUCAAUAUUACCAAUGGGGCUUCUAGCACUAAAUAUAUAUUUAAAGUAAUUUCAAAAGGUCAGCCAACAGUAUUUUACUUUUAUUUUAACACAUUUUUUAAAUUUAAAAAAUUGUGGUUAUUCAUCGUCUGCUGGAAAAAACGUUGAGCGUUAUUCCCAGUCGUUUGGUCACGUGACAGUCACUCCCACCCGGCUGGUCAUAUGAGGGUUACUUCCAGUCGGUUGGCGUUGAAUUGUAGCAAUUACUAAACAAAAAUGUUGAUAGAGAAACGUACACUGUUUUCAACUUUUCAAGAGUUUCACGUAGUGCAGAAGAAACAAGACAAAUGUUGUGUGCUCUGUUACAUACAGCUCAAAGAAAGUAAGAAUAAGAUGAUUUUUCAUAAUUUUAUGGUGUGUAUUCUAUUUUAAAUAUCAUUCUAUUAUUUUUAUCAUCAAAGCUGCUUUUUUUGGCGGUAAAAUAGGCUACUGUAAUUUAACUAUAGUCUAAUUGAAACACCUGGUGCUAAAAAUAAUAAAAUCACAUUUAAACACUACAAAAUUGCAGAUAUUUAAUUUUAGGUUGAAUAUAUAUAUAUAUAUAUAUAUAUAUAUAUAUAUAUAUAUAUAUAUAUAUAUAAAAUUUACAUCUAUGUUUAUUAUGUUAUUAUAUAUAUUAUAUGCAAAACCGAUUUGCUUGUCCAAUCUAAAAAGUCUUUAAUAUGUUGCUAUUUGUGACAUUUUAUCGGUUCAUUUUGGACCAACCCUGUGGUAAUUAUCUGGAUGUUGACUUCACAUUUAUUUUCUUUCAGUUGAGAAAAGAGAUACACUUAAGUAUGACAAUGCUAAGUUUGUUUACAAGCAAGAUUACCCUAAUAAGGAAUUUAAUAGAAAAGGCAUCUGACCAAACCUAAAGUAAGUCUUUCUUUCCCUUGCUCUCUCUGAGAAUAGGUAGAGUUUAAAAAACCUUAGAAAUGUAAUGUUUGAUACAUAUCUGUAUUUAUAAACACCCCCCCACCCCGAUUUUUGUACAGUAUGGGUUGAAUAUUUUAGUUAUUUAACUAAUCACAUAAAUAAAUGUCAGAGGCAAUGAAAAAGUAGACAGUCUGGCAAAAACCAGGGCUGCCCAGCCUCAACCAGAAGCACCAGUCACUUACCUCGGUGUUAAAAAUUGCUGGCUGACCAUUUUUGAAGAAAAUGGUACAUGCAGUGGGAAGACUACAUGAAAGUCAGAAGUGAUUUUGUUAAUAUGCCACAUCCUAGCAAGCAUGACCCCCUGGUGGAAGUCAGGUUGAAUUGCCCAACUAACCCAUACUUUCAGCUAGACAGCAUACCUUGUAAUGAACUUUCAAAAUAUGUUUCCAAAAAUAAAACAAUUUUUAGGUUGAAACAGUAAAGAAUUAAUUUUUUUUCUUCAGUUUUCAAGACUCUAUGCAUCAAAUAGGAUUCCAGAAAUGUCUUGGCACCUUGACAGCAUGCUCAACAUUAAAUAUGUAUUAACAAAAGACAUCCAAGAAAUGAUCAUCAAAAAGGAGGGCAAAAUUAUACUCGGUUGAGACAUUAUGUCUUUAAGGCAAAACAUUUGUCAUCAGGAAAGAGUGGAGGAGGCACAAAAUGUGAAGAGGGGGGGGGGGCUUCCUUCAGUAUGGGACAAGUGAGUGUGGUGAAUUUAAUUUUAUGUCAUUCAUGACAGCAGAUAUGCUUAGUUCCCUCAAAGAAAUAAAUGAAGGGACUGCUUUCAAGCUUAGUGAAUGAAUAAAAUAGCGAAACGAGGUAUGUGGAAGCUUGAAAUAAGGUAACAGAACAAGAAACAAGGACGUUUCGGCAUAAAGCCUUCCUCAGCCAACAAUAGAAAUGAAAAUAUAACGAAGAAAAGAGCACAGUAGACAACUCAAGCAGUAUUCAUUCAUGUCUCCGGAAGUGGGAAAACAGGAAGCGAGAGAAUGUAAAUAUUGACACUGUGAGAAAUAAAGUCCACAAUAAUUAUGGACCAGAAUAUCCAGGGAUACAACAACACAUAGUAAUAAGAGAAUAGAUGAAAUAUAGGGAAACGGAGAAACAUCAGUAGGAUAUUAUUUGAUUAAUACCAUAUGGAGAUAUGGUGCCAAACAGCUGAAUAAAUUUAUUUUCCAUUUUAACCCUAUCUGGUGUGUUACUGCAUGAAAUCAAUGCCGUAAUGGUUACAUCCAAUGCACCUUUAUGUUCUUUUUGGUUGAAAUGAGAAGAGACCGGGGAAGGUUUACAUUGCUCAAUAUCCCUUAGAUGUUCAUAUCUUGUAUGUAAUGAUGUAAGACACAAUUUUGAAAAAUUAGAAAUUCUAGGAAAAUUUUGUGUGUUUCUAAAAAUGUUUCUACAUGUGAAGCUGUAUACUUUUUAAAAUGAUAUACUUACAAUGUUUAGAUGUUUAUAUAAAUUCAUUCAUGCUUGCGUAUUUAAUUUUUUAAAAUGUUAAUACUGUUAACAAUAACAGAACAAAGGAACUAAUAUCAAAAUCACUAAUUACCGGUAUACGUUUUCUGUAUAAUUACAUUUGUGUACAUUUUUUUAUCAAUUCAAAUUUAUUUUAACAAUUUUAAGUAAAGUUAAUCUUGUAUUGUGUUUAAUAUUUUUUUAUUGGCAUGAGUUAAAUUUCAAAGUACAAUUUUGUAAAUAGUGUUGUCCGAGAACCCAUUUUGCUGUAUAUAUUUUUCUGUAAAUAUUGUUUGGAUUUAUUAACAGUAAUUAAGCUUUAAUAGUUUUGUUUGUGCUUAUUUGCUUUUAAGAGUUUAUUAUGUGUUUAAUGUUAUUGUUUUUAAUUUUAGCAUUACAAAAUAUUUUUAAAUUAUGAAUCUAUUGUUUCCUUGUUUUGUGUGUAUGUUUUGACCGUUCAUGUAGUGUAAGCUUGCACGCAUGUACCUUUUUUAUGAAAAAGUAAAUAAACAUUAUUAAACUUAUUAAAUUUGUUAUGUAAUUUUUGGAAAAUAUUAUUUGCUGGCAUCACGUAAUUUAAAUUGUAAUAUUAGUAUUUUCGCACUGGCACGGUACAUCAGGUCUACCAAUAAGGUGCAUCUGCAUGAGAACACUUGUGUAGUCUUCUUGGGCACUCACAAGUAUUGCUGGUAAUAUUUAAGCUGUCACCAGAGUUCAUAAGUUUUGUUCAAGUUUGGGAAAACAGAACAGAGUGAAAAAUAUUAAUUUAUGGAAAUUGGGAAAAUUCUAAAUUUUGGUAUAAUUUUUUUAUCAAACUUGCAUUUAGCAAUAACUUGUUUGAUUUAUUGACUUAUUUUAAAAACAAAUGCAUCUUACAGCUCUAUGAGUGCAGAGAAACAUGCACAAAUAAGAUUUUAAUUUGGACUACCUAUAUGCAUUACCAGUAAACAUGAAAACAUUUUAGAUUUACCAGUAUGUUUAAAAAAUGUUACUAGGCCUAUAGACUAAUAAUAUAUUUAAUGUAACAGAAUAUGUUUUAUUCUUCAUGCUAGCAGAUCGUAUGCCCCGAUAGGAAAUGGUUAUCACAACGUGAAAUAGGUUUUGAUAAUUUAUUUCUUUUUAGCCUUAUUCCCAGCCGAUUGUUAUAACGCCUCCUUUAAAAAAAAUUUGUAUUAAUAAAUUUGUUUGCCAGCUGUGUUUGGUUUUUUUCCGCCGACUGAUCAUUUUUAUUCUUCCCAGGGACAAAGUCAAAUGUAAAAACAGACAUAUGUUUAUUCCUGAACAAGACAUAAAGACAGGAGAGUUCUCCAUGAACACAUUGCCGCCAUCUGGAGAAGUCACGGUAACACUAAAACUCAAUUGUACAAGACCAUAAACAGUACAAAAUAACUCUAGUUGCUUUUUGUGCCCUUUAACUAUAUUUAAACUUUUAAAUCAGUAAAUUGUACGCACUUUAAAUGAAAUUGGGAUAUAUUGAAGUACUACUUGUCAAUAACACCAUUUUUUUAAAUUACGAUUUUUUUUAAAAUCUCCAGUUAAAAGUCAUCAGAGUGGAAAAUGCAAGUCAAUAUUACUGUCACCUUAUUGAGCAUAGAUCUUACCCUAACAAAGUUCGUACUGACCUGCGUAUUGAGUACCAGAGACUUGCAAUGCAGUUGUUUUUCUUUUACAGUGAUGAGAAUAACCGUGUUCCCUAUGUUCCUAGUGAGAAUCAUUGUAAGUAACCAAAAUGUACUUUAUAUUAUAAUUUGUGAUGUUGACUAAGAUUAGAUUUGUUGAAUUACCAGAAACCAGUGAAUAAAAUAGUGACUGCUUUUAUUUUUACUUUGUUUUCAUUUGGUUUAGCGGAGGUUCAUGAGUAAAGAUCCUUGGAAGAUUCAUAGUCUGGUACUGAUAUAAUAUUUCCAUUAUGUGAUAACAUUCUACAUUAUGUUUUUCUAUGUGUUAUAAAUUAUUGUCGAAUAAUAAUUUGCUUCCUGUACAUUGAACAUAAGUAAACAUACACCUGCAAGUUUAUGGCUUUCUCUUAUUUUAACAGUUGAGGAUGGCUUGUGUGCUUUCAUGGAUGAGGAAGGCUCAUUUUACAGGUUAGUAAAGUCUUAAUAUUUAAACUUUCUGAUAUGUAAUUUAUUUCAGUAAAUAUUUUCUUUUUUCACAAUUAACAAUAUUAUUUAUUUUAUUUUUGAACAAAUGUCUUUUCAUCAUCCUUCAAAGAGCUAAAGUUGUUGAAGUUUCAACUGUGGUCACUUAUUACCAGUCAAGACAAUACAAAGUGUGGCUGGUUGAUGCUGGAUGCUACAAAAUUGGCUCCAUUGAGCAACUGGCGAAGCUGCCAAAAAGUUUAGCUGAAAUACCCUAUCAGGUGACAUGACAAUGCAAGCUUAAAAUACAUUGGUUCUUUGCUUAAUCAUAUUUAAACAUUUUAAGAAUAAAAAUAUGUUACUUGACGAAAACUUUUAGUCAGGGGUCUCAAGCUAGGCAGCCUACAGGGCAACGAGCAGUUUUUGUUUGAUGCACACGCUUUACUUAUAUUGAUUGUUUUUAUUUGAAGCUCUACAAUCAAUGGUAUAACAAAAUGUCAAUAAAACUAGACUAAAUGUCAAUUUUAUACAAUUUCCACUGCUCACUUUAUGGCAGAAUUUGAGAAGCACUUUUAUAGUUUUCUUUUCUCUAUUUUAACACAAGAUUGAUUUAUUUGCUUUUAGGCUAUUGAGAUCUUCUUAUGCAAUGUGGAACCCAUGGAUAAUGACACAGAAUGGACGGACAAGGUAACAUUCUAUUUUAGUGGAAAAUAUGAUUUUAGUAUUUUUAGUUGAGUCUUUGAGUUGAUUUGCUGUUUUUAUAAAUUUUAAUGCAUCUUUAUGUGAAGUUAUGUUUAGUUAAUUAGUUUAAUAAGAUGCAAACAAUUUGUGCAAAGAAAGCAAUAUAGGUAAGCUUUAUUUAUUUGAAGACAAAAUACAAAUUUAAAUGUUUUGACUAAUUUCCUCAUCACUACAACAAAGUGAUAUAUAACAGUAAUGUAAAUUAAAUUUGACAUUAUAUCUAUCAUAACUAUUAAAAAAGAAGAAAAAAAGAAAGAAGGGUGGGCACAAGUCCUUCACAAAAACAAAGAUCAGAAGAACAGAAAGGAAGUUAAUUAGUGAAGGAUUAUAAGCAGUGUUCCUUUAGUGGUUAAUAAAUGUACCAAAGUUAGAAGAAAACCUCAAGAAGGACAAUAACAGAAAGUGAAUGUUUUGGUCAAAAAGCCUUUGACAGAAAAUACAGUUAAAGACAGAGACAAACACUCUUAGAGCUUGUCUUAUAGAUAUGUAGUCUACAGGAAAUGGUAGAUAUACGCAACUUCAGAAGUGACCCACAAAAUGAAAGUCUUUACCUUUGAGAUUGACGGGAAACAUAAAAUAUUAGGAAGAAAGAAAUAAGUAAAUAAAUUAAAUUUCAAUUUUGUAUGAUUCAGAAAGAUGGUUGUCAGUAAUGAAAUAUAGUAAAAUGCUUUAAACCAAGACAGUAUGUAUGAGGAUUAUUGUUGUGUGUAUUGAUUGUCCUGUGUUGUAUGACUGGACGUGGUGCCUUGUUUUCAUGAAUGUUUAAACUUAAAUGUGUGAACAUUGGUUGGAGAACUUGAGAGAAUGAUCAUGUGAUUUACAAAAAGAAUGUAGAAUUGGAAAUACAGGUUAGUUGUUUCACAGACACAGACUUGAGUUGGUAUCUUAUUAUACUAUUACGUAAACCUCUAUGAAUAGUUUACUGCAUAGACACCUUAAUAGCAGGUGGUUUCAUAAUACAGCAAAUAUAAAGGUCAUUAUGAGGAAGGGAAAGAAAAUUCACAGUAAUCUGUCAUAUAAUGUAAAGGGCAGACCUGUUUACCCUCAAACUCUUAAAAUCGUACAAUAUCAUGACACAAUCUUUCAAUACAUUAUCUUAAUAGGAAAAAUAAUAAACUUUCAAGUACAUAUAAUGUAUACACCUUAAAAUUGUACAGAAUUAACAGGUUUGAAAGGGAGAUAGAGAUAGAACAUGACAUUCAUACGAUGUGGUGUCCUUAUCUCAUGGGUGUGUAUCAGUUCGUUUUCCAAAGUCACCCUUGCUUGCAUGUACGUAGAGGAAAUAACAGCUUUAAUGGGCACAUCUGUCAAGCCAUUGUGGUCACUCCUAUUGAAGUGAGAAGAGAUGGGACAUUGUAUAUUUCUUAUUGCUUGAACCUGAACGCUGUCCUCCCCAUAUUUUUCUUUAGUGCUUGAGUUCUUAUUUUCAGGCAUAAAUACUGUAAAACCUAAACCUCUAUUUCCUUUUAUUCAGGCUGACAUUUAUGCUCAUGAACUUAUGGAUGGCAAGAUACUGGUUGGUCGAAUCAUGCUGAGGUUUGUAGAUGGUUGUAAUAGCAAUUGCCUCCUAGGUGAUAUAUUAAGGUCCUUUUUUUUUUUUUGGCAAGGCCAUCAAGAUGUGUUGAAAUAUUUAAAUGAAAGUUGAUCGAAACCCGGUGGCAAUUUUCCACAUUGUGACUUUCAUUUCAACCAUAAUUAAAUAAAAUAGCAAUUGCCUCCUAGGUGAUAUAUUAAGGUCCUUUUUUUUUUUUGGCAAGGCCAUCAAGAUGUGUUGAAAUAUUUAAAUGAAGAUGGAUCGAAACCCGUUGGCAAUUUUCCACAUCGUGACUUUCAUUGCAACCAUAAUAAAAUAAAUAUUAAAACUUACAGUGCAUAAUGUGAUAAGUGAACAUGAUGCUGAAUUCAUUUUUACAAAACUUUAACCUUAAUAUAUUUUUAUAAUGAUCUGCUUAUUUUAUUUUAUUCAUAGACAUGACAUUAAAGUGUAAUGAAAUACAUUAUCAAUACUUAUAUUUUCUCCACCAGAGUUGGACUUACCUUGUGGCUGCGCCCGUUGGUUCAUCAGCAGACUUUGAAAGGAGUUGGCACCAUCAAUGAUAUCAACAUCAGACAUGAGCUCCUGAGCAAUCAUUUUGCAAAUCCUAAUCCUAAUGUAAGGAUCGUGAACUUUUGAUUUGAUUAAUAUGUCCUUUACACUGCAAUUUUAAUUAAUUUUUUUUCGAGAAGGUUUACAAAUACGGAUGAUUAAGAAACCUCAAAUAACUAGACCUAACAUUAUUAUAAAAGGAAGAGCUGAUGUAUCAGUUGUGAUCAAAAUGUUUAUUAGACGUAUGAUGACAAAAUAAAUUCACUGUCAAAACCAUAAUUAACCCUCGACAUAAAUAAUGCUGAUUGCAGGUUUUUUCUGUUCUUAUUCUAUUAUACAUCACUGCGAUUUCAAUUUAAAAAUCUCACAUUUGCCAUCUCAUUAUACCAAUGCAGAUAUCGUCAAAUCAAAUGUUCUGGAAUCCUUUAAAAAAAAAAAGUGCUAGUGAAAAUAGAAAUUAUAUUAUUCACAUGAAAUGAAAGGCGGAAAUGAAAAUUUUUAGCUCUUAAUAGCCAAUGCUGUUUGUUUUAUUUUCAUCCCCUCCUGUAAGAUCCCCCAAAGCCCCUCUCAGAGUUAACUUUUGGUUAGGUUAUCUUUUAAGGAGCUCCAACAUUGGACUACAUAAAAAUGUUUUGCUUUUUUUAAUCUACUUUUUAUGUGUUUGUUUACAGCACAUAAAGCUCCUCUAUGAAUUCUUCAGAGGGAAAAUAGAAAUUCCAGAGGACAUAAUGCAACAGUAUUAUCAUUACUCCCUGUAAGCCAAUCUAAGUGUCAUAUUAAUGUGUUAUAUUCACUAAGCGGUCUUAAUUUUUGUUUUCAUUCGGAACCAAUAAUAUAUUUUUAACUUUAUAUAAUGCAUAUUAAUUGUAUAUAGCAUGUAUCUUAUACCAAUUGAAUUUCUUUUAAAUCUAUUUUAUUUUGAAAUGUUCACAUGAUUAUAACUUAUUAAAAAAAAAAUUUAAUUCAACAAUUGAAAUAUAAUUAAUUGUUUUUAAGUUUUGUUUUUUAUUAAUCAAAGUAAAUUUAAAAUAAUAACUUAUGUGUGUGACUCAUGUGAAGGGGAAAAAAAAUCUUUCUAGCACUUUCAGUUUUGUUUGCUAGUAAUUCAAUAGGAGCUAAGUAAUAAUAUAGUUUGAAAUACAUUAUAAAAAAUGUAUUCUUUUGACAGAGAGAUUGAGAUGUCACAAGAAAUUCUGCCUGACCGCUCAGAGUACCAUUCAGUAUCAAUAGCAGCAGUGAUAAAUCCAGAGCGGUUGUACCUUCACAAAUUGGACAAUUGGGACGCGUAAGUUAUGGUGCUGUUCAGGCUUUGUUACUUUAUUCUUAGUUACUUAAGCUUGCAUGUCACAACAAAUCUACAUAUGCAAUGUUCUCAAAUCUAAUAUUUUUCUUUUACAUCUCUUUAUUUUUAUAUUUAAAAAUUGUUAUUUUAAUAGAUAUAGGGUGUCUAUAAGUAUAUUUAAUGAACAAACAAAGGUAUUUUAUAUGUUAAGCUUUUUUUAAAUUUUUAAAUGUGUUUGAUUUGCAGCCUAAUUUGAUACAGGACGAAUGAAAUAUUAUAUAGAUGCACUAAAUAAUAUUACAAAACUACCUAUUAUAUUUAAAAAGUUCUCAAAGUAGCUUGAAUAACAGCAAGAAGAGUUAUAAAGUAAAUUUUUUCUUUUAAAUGUUACAUGAUCCCAUUGUUUCUUUAGACUGAUGGAGCUGCAAUCAAGAAUUGCAAGGACCAUGGCAGUAGAAGAUGGCAAGGACAGUGAAAGCUCCCCCAAAGUAGACUCAUCCAUUAAAUUAGAACUUGGCAGCGUGUGUCUUGCACAAUCUGAGAACACGUUAGUAUCAGUUUUUAAGAUUCUGUUAACAGACAUUUUGAUAGAUAUGAUUAUAUCAAACAUCAUCUAGUGUUACUAUUUUUGCAUGGCCUAACCUUGCUCUUCAAGUUAACAUGUUCAAGUUUUUACGUGUUAAAAAAUAAUUUAUAUAUUUUUUUUUUUUAUUCUAGAAACAUUUUUAAAUUUACUGUAUAGAUAUUGGUAAGGGACCUUUUCUAAGAGUCUUUAAAGUUUAAAGCCAAGAAUAAAUUUGUAUUCCAUAAUAUAUAUUUACUGCAGCAAUGCAACUGUUUGUACAAGAUUUUAGUUCUAAAAUUUCAUGGCAGCUAUUUUGAAAUAUAAUUUUAACAGGUAUCAAAUAUAAUAACUAUUAAGGCGCUGCAGUUUAGUUCAACACAAAAAGAGCUUGUAACUGAGCCCUUAAAAAAAAUCAUAAAACUUAUUAUUUGCCUCUGAAGCUGGUACAGAGCCAAAAUUGUGUCUGACUGUGGUAAUGACAUCUGGAAAGUUUUUUACCUUGAUUUUGGAGAUGGAGAAGAUUUGCCUGGUCAUCUCUUGAGACCUCUGCCCAGAAAAUUUUCACAGUUGCCAUGCCAAGCAAUUGAAUGUCAGCUUGCUUACAUCAAGCCUACAGGUAAAGAUGCAGAAGUUGGUGGGUUUUUUUUCAAUUUUUGCCUUAAUUUUUUUCAUUCUUAUUUAAUUUUGCUCAUCUUGUCGAGGUGAAAAUUUAUAGGCGAAAUGGACUUGUAUGACAGUGUAUUGUUUUGUAAAAAUAAUUUUCAUUAGGAUGCCUUUAAACUAGUCUAAUUUUAUUAAGAAACCGUUACAUUUUACUUUGGCGGGAGGGGUGUUUGUCAAAAGGACAUAAGAAGUUGUUUUAUUUAGUGAAAAAAUAGAAAAAUUAUAUAAGACUAAUGCUUGUUAUAAUUAUUGGAGUGGCUUUAAAUAACAUUAAGCAGCCAGCAAGGAAUUCAUAAGUCAGAAAAUUUUCUAGCACUUAUAUAACAGAAUCUUAUGAGUUUAAAUUAGGUAAGGAUAUUUACUUAUGCCAAUGAAAAACAGCACAAAAGCUACAAUACAGCAAAUAAUUAAGUCUUACUUCUUUUGCUGUUUGAUAGAAACUAAUUUAGUCAGUGAUCUGUUGUUUAAUCUACACUGAUGAUCCUCUAGUCAAAUUUUUUAAAUGGAGACAUUAAUUAUUUUACCCGUUAAUUAUUUUACCCUAACUGAAUCUAUUUUUCAGGAGCUGAGUGGUCUAAGGGAGCUAGCGAAGUAAUCUUGGAUCUGAGCUACUUUGUCAAUGCAGUAAAGAAGAAUCUACUUGCAAAGGUGAGAGAAUGAUUUUUCUAAAUAGUUUUUUGUAGGGUGUGAUCAAGUACAUGAAUUCAUUCACAGCACCAGUGUAAACACUCCCAUAUUAACACUACAUCAAAGAAAUGACAGUAAGAAAAUAGUUUUAUUAAUGCUGGUAGGCACUCAUUAAAUAGUAAUAACCCUAUUAUAAGAAUAUAUUGUUAUUUAUCUUUUCGUACAAUAUAAUUUUCACACUCUAUUAUUUUGGUUAGUUCAAUUUCAAUACUAUAUUCAUGAAUGCAGGCAAUACAAUUUUGUAGAAUAACUUGGCUGUUGCUAGCCAUUGAUUAAAACCGAUUACUUCUAUUAAUUUGGUACAAAUUAUUAUAAAAUCCCAUUAAAAGAUCCUAGAUUAUCUCAAUUUACAUUUGACAUAUGGAUAGUACUUUCUUUAGUUUGAUUACAGUUAUUCUGGUAAAAUCAUCUGAUCUGCUUAAUCCCAUCAGCUGGUGUAGCGACCUAACUUAAUGUGUAUAUUUCAGGUUGUAGACAAAUCUGAACCUGUAUAUGGAAUGGGCAAGAGACUUGUGGUUGAUAUCUCAAACACUGAGAACAUGCACUUCUCUGAAGAGCUUGUGAGGAGACACUUAGCAGUUGGUGUUGAUGAAUCUGCUAAUAUUACGGUAAGUUUUUCAGGUACUUGUUGCUUGGUUUUAUCUAAGGAGAUGAUAAUGAAAGAACCACUUGUCAACCUUUAAAGACAAAAUGUGAAAGCAUUACUUUUUAUUGAGCUUGUCCCUCAGUUGCAACUGUUCCAGCAGGCAGGAAAUAGAACCAGUGAUACAGUUUUUUUUCCCUUAGAGAGUCAUGUUGCCUUGUGUUCAACUAAUGGCUUGUUAAGAUUAUGGUCUCCACCUAGUAUAUUUUAAAUUGAUAUAAAAAUUAUUGUCUUGUUUAGAUCAGUGUUUCCCAAACUUUAAAGUUUGGCAGACCAGUUUGGAAUUUGCACUAAAGACCACUGCCAGAUUUAAUAUUCCUUUUUUAUUUUACCAUAAAAAUUCAUGUUAUUUAGACCGGCAACGUAAGGCUCUUGGACCAGUGCUUGUCCACAGACCAUACUUAAGGAAAUAGUUUAGAUCUUACAAAAUUGUGUGAGAUUUAGUGAAGAUUUUUCUUAAUUGUCUUAUUACCUUUAUAAAAGCAAACUGUAUUUGUAUUGAAAAAUUUCUGUAAAUUCAGAAUUUGUCAGAAAUGUUUAGAAUAGUAUUUUCAUGUAAUUUGAAUAGAUUAUUGCAUGAAUAGAUUUUUGCUUAGUUUUACUCUGGGGUCCAAAAUAUUUGGCCACUAUAUAAGCCAAUACUCUAGCAAGUGACAACAUACCCACUGUAGAAUAAUGGACUUAAAAGGAAUAUGAUCUUGUUGUUACAGAUGUUGCUGGACAAGCCAGCGUUAAAGUCACAGAGGUUUUUCAACCUUCAAGAUAAGAUUCCAUUUUUGUGUGCCAAUAUUUACUGGUCUGAGGUUAGAUUUCCCCCAUUGAAGAUUUAUUUAAAUUCAAAUUUUUCUUUCUUACUAUAUUUCAUAACACCUAAAACAGUUUUUAAUGAAAGUUAAAUAAUUUUAAAAGCACUUGCUUUUGUCUUUUCUUUCUUCACAAGAAAGGCUUCAUUUUUUAAUAAUACCUUAAAAUUUAUUGGACUAAAUGUUCUCCCAUAUCCCUCAGGACCAUGAAGAGUCAAUAAGGCAAGCCAAGGAACUGCAAGGAAUACUGAGCAUCAGAGAUCAAGGGUAUCUCAUUUACUAUACUAAUAUAAACUUAUUUAAUUUACUAAUAUUUAUAAUUAACUAAAUUACCCAUUUUAUUAUUGGGUAGAAUAUUAACAUGGAUAUAAAAAAAAUAAUAUUUUGGUAAUACUACUUCACUUGCCUGCCUGUAUCAGGCAUUUUUUUUGCAUAAGUUUGUCAUUGUGGGUGAAGCAUGCUCCCUCGGCUGUUAUAAAAUCAAAUAAUCACUCUUGAAAUCAAUAUUUGCAUUAAGGGAAUGAGGUUUUAUGACAUGAAGGCAAAUUUUUGAGCCUGAGAAAUACUCUAAAUGUUUUAUGUUUAAAUUGUUAUUGUUUAAAUAUAGUUAUCUUAGUAAGAAUAUUUUUAAAAUGUUGUGGAAAUGGAUACGUACAAUGUAAUCAAAUACAUUACAAUGAAUUUGGGUCAAUAAAGUUAUCUUAACUUUUCAAUCAUUAUUUGAUUUUCUCAGUUGGGAUGUUACCAUUGAACAGCGUGAAGUCCUUCAACCAGUUGUGAAACUAUUGGGUUAUGUAGCUGAUGUUGAAGCUCAUGGCAUUGUGAUCUCAAGUUUGACAGCUUGCUGUAAGGACAGUCAAAUGUAAGUUGUAUGAUUAUUUAGGACAUAAUUUGUCUUGGAUGAGCUGAUCUUAACAUUUAUUGACAGUGCAAGACUGUAGAUUUCAGUUAUAUCUCUUUUUUCGGUGUAGCAGUUUAAACUUUCACAUAACUCAUCAAUUAAAUUUAGCCUUAAAAAUGUGUCAAGAUAGAAUUUCCCCACACUUUUUUUUCGUGGUGACCCACUAGCAUUUUUAGCCCUUUUUCUGGGCUGCAGGUAACAUAAAAUAGAUUGGAAUGUCUAUGCAGUUUUUAGAUAUCGGUAUUUCAAUUGCAAAAAUGUAAAAGAAAUCAAACAGAAAUCUGGUAAAAUAUCUAUUAAUGAGAACAUCAUGACAUUUAUCAUUAAUUAAUUAUCGACCAUAUUUCUGUUUAUUUUCUUUAUAUUUUUUGUUUGUUUUUUGUUAACUAGAAAAUUUAGGUUUGGAGGAAAAUAUUCUAUUUCUAUCCUCUGAUCCUGAUUAUUAUUUUUUGUCCCUAAUUAUUCCCUUACCCAUAUUCCUACUUUGUUUGGCCUUUUGCUUUCACAUUCUCAACCAGUCAUUUUAACCAGAAUUUCAUGCAUGCCUUUAAAAUAGUUAAAGAGUGUUCUGUGUGAUUUUGUAGGAAAGUGAAAGUAUUACAGCUAUUUUGUGCAAAGACAACAUGACUAGGGUCUGUGGCAAUUGAUAGGUGUCUGAACCAUCCCCCAUGGCUAAUGACAUUUAACAAGGUCAAGUUCUGGUGCUAACAUUAUUCAGACUUAUGGUCUCCACCAUGCUGACUAAUGCUUUCAGAAAGGGAGAUCGGAUCGGCAUCAACCUCAGGAGGCUACUUUUAAAAUCCAAGGUCUUGAUGGAUAUCAGAGAUUUUCUGUAUGCUGAUGACAUUUCCUCUUACUCUUAUGCUGGAUUAGAAGCUGAUAUGCUUCUUCAAUGCCUGCACAUUUAUUUUGUUCUUACGCAUUGGGCUGAUAUCCUGAAAAACCUAAUGUUCAGCCCAACAUUUAAAUCUGAGAAAGGCUUAAAGUGAUAAACAGCUUUUCUAACCUAACAGCCCACAGUCCAAAAGUGGCACAAUCAAUGAUACUUGAUUAACCUGGUUUAAAGUCAUAACUACAUGACAUUUUAAUGUAACUUGUCACCACAACCAGUGCAUAACACUGCGUUGUAACAAUAUCCAUACACUGUUUUAGCCAGUCAAAGGUGAUGGAAGAAGUGUGUAAGAUUUUCUAGAAGACAAAUCAAAUGAAGGAGUACAAUAAAUCACUUUGAAAAAGUGUGAGUUUUAUUGUUAACGAUGUGAGCAGAAAAAAAACAUAUAUAAAUGCCGUUGCAACUUUUGCCAGUGUAGACACUACCGGUAUCAGUUUUAACAAUUUUUUAAAAAUAUGGUCUUCCCAAAGAAAUAUGAAUAUUGUAUGAGAAGAGCAAGAAAAUAAACAAAGAAAAAUUAAUUUUAAUUGUGCAAGUGAAAAAUACUUCAAGCCUGUGUGGUUCCAUUACAUUUAGUGGUUCCACAAAAUCCCAAAAAACAGCAGUGAGGUCAAGACAGCACGAUUCCACAAAGGGAUCAAGAAAUCUGGAAAAGAAGGUGAAAUGGAAAUGUCAUAUGAUGCCAAAUAUAAGAAAAGCAUAGGUACCCUGAAGGAUCAAGAGGACAGGAAUGACCCAAAAACACUUGGGAAUGUAAUAGGGAAAGUAAUAAGAUUGGAAAGAGUUUAAGAAGAUAGCAAGAGACCAGAAUGAUCUUUACUUCACUGGAAGUUGAUACGGCAAAGAAGUGCGAGUGUUUAAACUCUAAUAAGAAUAUCUAACCAUAUUGUUUUAUUAUGUGUCAUUAUCAAUAUUAUAGAGGUGUACAAAAAAAAUAUAGAACUUAUUUUAAUUUUUUUUUUAUUUCAGACUCUGUGAUUUGGCUCUUUCUUUACACUUACCGUUUUGUUUGACAAGUUGCCUGGAACAGGUAUUGUAACAUCCAUAAUAUAAAGGCUUCUUGUCCAAUCCUUAAUUAUUAUUCUCAAUAUACUAUAAAAAGUAGAUCACAAUUGUUAAGAAUCAAAUUUUAAUCUACAUUAUUUUUACAAGAAUCAUCUUCGUUAAAUAAAAAACUGUACAAUUUAUUGAACUCUGUAUCCUUAACAGGAAAGUCGGCCAGAAAUCCAAUACCAAGCGACUGAAGCUAUUGCUGUCUUAGUGACCUUAGACAGGUAGGACUUUGUCGAUAAGUAACUUUUAAAGCAUAUAUUGGGCGGAAAAUACAAAAAACUUAAAAACUUCUUUUGGGCAGAAUUCUUUAAAAACUUUACUUGGAAACAUUUUGAUUUUCUAACACUUUCUGUCACUUGUCUUUAGAGAUAAAACUUAAAACAAAAUGAUGAAAUUUGAUUCUGUCGAUUUUCAAAAUUAUAAUUAACUUGACCUGGUCUUCAUCAACAAUGAAAAAAUAAUUCAAUCUAUCUUAAUCUAUGGCACCUAAAAUUUACAUUGGAUAAAAAUUCAGAUUCAACAAUUUCAAAUACAUUGCAAUUGUAACUUAAAUUCUUGGCAUGAUUAAGAAGAAGGUUAAAAUACUUAUGAUGUUAUUUUGUUUUCUUACAGUUUCUGUGAGUAUGUGAACGAGAUUAGUGAUCUUGUCAAAACUUUGGAUGAUUUUCUCAGUGUGCACCAAACAAAACCUGUGGAUCUAAAAGUGAGUAUACCUGCAAAAUAAUUAAGAGAGAGUUUUUUCAAAAGUGCUCCAAAUUUAAACAAUGAAAAUGUUUUCCUUUAAAUUUUUAUUUAAUAAAUUUAAAAUAAAGAUUUUCAUCAGCAAUACGGAUUUCAAUCUAAUAUAACAUGAUUAUUUAAAACUGGACAAUGCCGCCGUGGACUUGACAUCAGUCGAGAGUUUCAAGGCUGCCCUGGCACCGGCUAGGAGCCAUUAGGACAGCCCCAUCGUUUCCCAAACCGUUGAUUAUAUGCCAGAUCAUGGUUGCAGCAACGUCGUCAAUCAGAAUCCACAAUCGAAAUAAAGGAAUGCUAAACUGAAAAUUAAUUGAAAUCUUUUUUUUAAUAAAGUUAAAAUUAUCCUUUUUUUUUUUUUUAGCUAUGGAUUUAGACCAAUAAUUAUUGUCUCCAAAAGAAUCAAAUAAUUAUGUCUUUACAGCAGAAAAAAGGUAAAAUGAAAAUAAUUUAAACGUUCUAAAAAAGUUCAAUUUAAAGAAGUUCAUAAUUUCAUAUCUUCUAUUUUAGACCCUCAAAAAUCUGUGCUCUUCAGCCUCUCAUCUUGUGGAGUCAUGUUAUGAUAAAAGGUGAGACCCCAGGCAUAAACCAUUUAAGACAAAUGUACUUUACAAAAAUAACAUUACCUUUACAAAGUAGGAGAAUAAAGUAUAAAAUCAGCAUAGAUCUUAUCAAUAAAUGACAUUAUUUAUACAUUUAAUUAACAGCUUGUGUGAUGUGUUAAAAAGACCAGAAUUGAUUAGUCAAAUUUGCAAAAACAUUGCAAUGACAUGUAAUGACAAUGAAAGAGAGCCCUGGUUGCAGCUCCUUGCAGCUAUAACUCUCUGGAAACAGUAAGUAAAUAAAAAGCUUUUCUCAAAUUUUCUGCCACCGACUUCUAGAAUAGUUUAUGAGGGCUAAUGGAAUCGUUUUUGGUUUUUUUAAACACUAGUAGUAGUAGUAGUAGUAGUUUUUAAUAUAUAAUUAAUAAAAUCUUAUAUUAUAUUGUUGCAUAAAUGCAUUAUAUUUUUUUAUUCAUUUUUUACUUCUUAUGUUGUCAGAAUAGCAUCAUUUUAUCCCUUGUCUCCUAACAUUCAGUUUUUUAAUAUCACUGUUGAAAUGUUUGGUAAAUUAUUUUAAGUGUAAAUUUUAUGUAAUUUGGUGUAGUAAGACCUAAGUAGUGAUGGUUAUUAAAAUUAUUUUAUUACAGCACCCAUCCGUCUGUUAUGAGAGAGGCCAACAUAGAUGUUAUUUUACAGAUGUUGACUAAGUGUGUGGAUCAAAAGGUCAGGAAAUACUUAGAAGUUCAUUAUUGUCUCGUAUAGCAAAACUCAGUUCAAUUAAGAAAACAUAAACUUUUUCUCUCCAGAUCAAAGCUGCCAUCGUCAAUUUUAAAUGAUGCAAAAGAACCAGUUUGUUUCAUUUCCUUUCUUAGCUAUUUGCUUUAAAUCACUUUUAAUCAAAUCUAGAAUGAUUUUCCUUUGAUAAACAUUUAGAUUUUAUUAUUUUCUAUGAGUUUUUACAGAGAAUGAAGUAUUUAAAACAGUUGUAUUGAUUAUCUAUUUUAUUUUUGUUUACAGUGAUCUAAUAAAGGUAGAAAAUAUUACACUGAUGACUAUUCAGAUAGUGAUUUUAUGAUUUCGGAUGCAGAGGCUGAUUUUGAGCAAUCGUAUAAUCUUAGUAAUAGUACUAGUGACCAAAGUAAUUAUGGAAUAAUCAGCUGAUGAACAACCAGCCCCGCCCCCAGCUUAAGUGCCUUGUAGAAGAACUAAUACUGUUCCGUCCAUCCAUCCCUGUGGCACUAAAGCCCAUGUAGGGCUUUGGCCUGCCUCACCAUUUCCUUCCACUCAGGCCUAAUGCAUUUCUUUCCAUGCUUGGAUUCCCAGCUGUUGUAGAUCUUUUUCCACAUCACCCAUCCACCUAAGCCUAGGUCUGCCUUUGAGCUGUAUUCCUCUGGGGCUUUGGUGAUGCACCCUCUUCACUCCUCUCUCAUUUGGCAUUCUUUCUAAUUGUCUUGCCCAGCAUAACCUACCCUUUUUUAUUUCUGCUACUAGCAUGGGAUCCUGAUAUGGACUAUACAAUUCCUUGUUGGUUUGUAUUCUCCAUCCAUAUUCAUCCUUUGUUGGUCCAUACAUUUUCUGGAGAAAUUUUCUCUCCCAUGGUGUUUAAUAGGUUUUCUGCUGUUUUUGUUAGGGUCCAAGUUUCACUUGCAUAUGUUACAACUGGUCUGAUUACAGUUUUAUAAAUAGUUUUGUUUUUUCUUGCAAUGUUUUUACUUUUUAGUCAUUUCUGACAUCAGAAGUAUGCUCUGUUACCAGCUGAUAUUAUUUCUUUUAUUUCUCUUAGUAAUUUGGUUCUUUCAUUUAAUAAAGAUCCCAGGUAAUUGAAUUGAUUUACUUUCGAAAAGUCUGGUUUCUAAUUUUAAUGGUUUUAUCUGUCUAUUCUUCCCUUAUCAUAGUGAUUUAUUUUGUUUUUUGGUUGCCAACUUCCAGCCCUGCUUGUUGUGAUUCAUAUUCUAAUUCAAUAAAGGCUUUUGGUAUGUCUUUACUACUUUUCCCUAAAAGUUCUAUGUCAUCAGCAUAUGUAAGAUACUGAAGGGGUUGAUUGUAGAGAGUGCCUAUUGGUUGUAGGCAUUGAAUCUCCCUCAGAAAGUAUCCUGCUAUUGUCAAUAUGUAUGCUUCUUAUAACUCUCUCUGUUAGGUUACAAGGCAGUGAGUUUCCUUUGUCUUAGGCCUCGUCUAAUCUGAAAUUCCUUGAAUAUUCUCCCUGAACCUUGACACUGUUCCUACUAUGAAUAAUGUAGAUUCUAAUUUGAAAACUGCUGAUCUUGGCACUAAAUCUGAGUGCAAAUUCAGAUUUUUACCUUUAAAAAAUGUGGGUGUAAAUUUGGAGCUUGUGACUAGUAAGUCUAAUGAACUUGACUGUUGUUUUACUUUGCUAGACACUGUUAUUAUUCUAACUUAAAAUAGGCAGAAAUUGUAUAUGCAUGUAACUGAAACCCAGAAAUAAUUCAAUAAUUCAAAUUAGGAUAGAGGAUAAAAAUUCUUUUUAGUCAUUUAGCCAUUUGUACAGCUAUAAACAUAUUUAUCUCCAAAAAUACAAGAAAUUAGAGCACAAUAUGAUACUAAUAAAUUGCUUUUAUUACAUCCUUUUACAAAUUACAUCUACCUUAGAAAUAUUGUUCAACAAACCCAAUAUAAUUGUGUGAGCUUUUCUUCUGUUUAUUUUUCUAUGGCCCUAUCUUGUGCUGAGAUUGGAAGCUCUUUUUUUUUUUAAAUUAUUUCAGUGCUUGUACUACCUGCUGUCAGUGUGUCAGAAUCUUGUAAAAGGAAGCAAAAAGCACAAAACAGAUCUGCUGAUUAGCAAUCUAUUCAAUAUUCUCAAGGGGUAAACUACUCUUUUUGUUGUUGUUUUCAAAAGUAAAGUUAUGUGACUUGAACAGCUUUUGUUCAUUUAAUCAAAAAAGGAUUCAGUUACCGUAGUUCAUUUUACACUCGCAGUAGCGAAUGCUUAAAAAUCUUUUAUUUAUGCUAGUUUUAUAAAUAAUUUUACAAACCCAAUUUAUUAUAUGUAGAGUUUUUAUAGCAUUGUUUUUUAUUUUUAUGCUUACAAUUUCAGUCUUUUGGACAAGGGUUUGAAAAGUCCAGCCUUAGAGUUAUGUGAGAGUUUGUGUGAGGAGAUGAACUUGACCUUACCUCCACCCAGUGAGUUAACCGGAGUACCUGCACAAAAAGCUGAUGACAUAGCUAGAGUGUAGGUUUUUGUAAAUGUUACUACACCAAAAUAGUCUAGUACACACAAUUCACAAGUACAUUAUUAUUUUCAGAACUUUGCAGUUUCAGUUAAUACACAUUUAGCUUGGAACCACUUACUAAGUCAGUUUUCUGUUAUUAUAUAGUUAAUUCAGGUCAAAUGUACACACAAACAUUUGUUUUAAAAAAGCCACCCAACGGCUCUGCUAAUACUUACUUCUAUUCUAUCAAAUGGAAAUGAGUGAAACAAAGUAUUGGAAAUCCUGAAUAAAUAACGUGACAAAACAACGAACAUGUGGGCAAGAACCCUUCAUUAGCUAACAAACAACAUUAAAAACGGAAUUAAAGUAACACUUAGCUGUAAUGUAGUAUCCGAGAGGAAUGUGACAGAACAUUAGUGGGUGAGAGAUUAAAUACAGGUAAAAGGGGACAGAAGAGAGGAAAAGUAAAUCUGCUGAGAUUGGUCGUAAUGAGGAAGGGUUGGAGAAAAGGUUUAACAGGUGAAUGAGAAACUGACAUUCAUGCCAUGUGUUGUCAAGGUUCCAUAAGUCUGGAUCAGCUUGUUUUCCAUUUUUUAACUAAUUUUUACCACAUUUUUUAUUUAAUUUUUAAUUAAUAAAAAAUUAAAGCAGAGAUAACUUUUUUUAUAUCUUCUUUUUUUUUUCUUCUUCAUAAAAAUAAUAUGUAAGCUUCCAAAAGAAGUUAGGUUAAAAUGAAUUCUAUCUUCUUUCAGUUCAUGUUUACUCUACAAGGUCCACUUUUUUUCACAGGGUCACCCCAGAUGUCUCAUGGUCACAAAGCUGUUUUAGGGUUGUUAUUACCUUUAAAGUUAGACAAGCCAAACCCGAGGACUUCACUAUCACAGAAAACAGAAUUUGCUGCAGGUGAGGGAACUAUUUCUUAAUACUGGAUUGAAUUCUGAGCCCAACUUGUUUUUCAAAUACUCUCGUACAGAAGCAAUUUCUAGCAGCAGCUGUGAUAAAUUAACAUACAUGUUGAGCCCUAAAAAUAUAUAACUUUUUUUGUUGUAAUUCAAAAGGUGAGAUAAUAAGGGAUAGACUAUUUCCUGUACGCAAGAUGUAACUAUUCAUUUUGUGUGCUGGGGACACACUGUGAUGAUAGUUAUCUAAAUGUAUAUAACUGUCACUGCCACUUCUAUAUAAAAUGAAUUAACAAGUCCAACUUCACACUAAGCACUUUAUUCACAUAAUAAAUAAUCCUUGGGACAAUAAUAACAUCGACAACAGCACAGGAUGUACAUCCUCAAGAUAUAUAUAUAUAUAAUUUCAAUUCUUGGAAAUUGAUUAGUUAAAUACAAUAUGUAUGUCCACCUUGUUCAAUUAUGUCUGCUGUCGUCCUUGCACAUAUUUCACAUUUUAUCAGAUAGAAGAAAAGAAUCGCACAUGACCUCACAAUAUAGUGGCCUUUACCCUAUCAGUUAUAUCUGUAUAUUUGUGUGCCUCAAUUGAUUUCAUCCAAUAUCAAAUCAGCAUGUGCAAAGUCAUACUUUUACACAAUAUACACAAUUACUUUAAUGUUUUUGAAUUAACUUGGUGCACAGGUUAACAAGAAGAUGUUGAAUUUUUAAACUUAAACUAAGCAAAGAUAUUUUUUUAAUGAAACAUGUUUGUAUGUAUUUAAUUAUUUUUAUUUUGUGGUUGAUUUUAUCAUUUGAAUGACAAGGCUAAGCCUUGAUUAUGAUCAUAUAAUGGACAGUAGUGAUGAAGAAGAAACUGAGGACCCCAACAACUUCUAUCAAUCACAAUUACCAAAAAUUAUUCCACAUCCUAAAGAGAUUAUAAAAUAUUGAGAUUAAUUUGGUUAAGCAUGAGAAUUUUAGUCACAUUGUAGAAUUAUUUCUCCUCAGUUGUGAAUCGGGUGGAAUUCUCUACCAGUUAGACUGGGAGCUGUAUGACACAGUUGUUCCAGCAAAAACCAAGUAUGCCGCACAGUCUAGUGUAAUGCUGAUUUCACUUGCCAAGAAUGUCAAGGGCCAGUGGAGUCGUCUACUGAAACAAAAGACUAAGGUAUGAGUUUAUGACUGAUAUGACAGAUAUUCAUCAAUAUAGUCUUCUUUACAGUUUUUUUUUUCUUUCAACUUGAAAUGCUAUCAAGAUUAAAAAUGUAUUUAAAAAUAUAUUGCUUAUCAGUAUAUGUUUUAGAAAUAACGUUUUGUAAUCUCAGGUCAACUAUUUUGAGAUCAAUUCCUACACAUUAUUACAUUAAAAAUUAAUUUCCACAGCCCCCAACGCUAAGCCUUGAUUAUGAUCAUAUAAUGGACAGUAGUGAUGAAGAAGAAACUGAGGACCCUAACACCUUCUAUCAAUUCAAGAAAGACAGCCUGCUGACUUCUUCAGAGAUGACAGAGAACGUCAUUUAUGAGGAUAGGUUUGAACCGUCGGAAGAAAGUACCAGCGAGGCUGAAUUAGCUGCCUUCAGUAACAGUGACUUUGAGGAGGAUCCGGUGGAUCUUGAGAGAACCAUUUUAACCUGCAUGAAACCUUAACAAAAAAAUAUCAAGUGUUUUACCCUAAGUCAACCAUUAAUUGAAAAAUAACAAUUUCUGCACAUACUGGGAAUAUGGGUUGUCCGAAAAGCUAUGAUGGUUGAAGACAGAUUCUGGAUGAGAGUGUCAAAUUUAAAUUUUUUAAAUGCAAUGUUUGCAUUUUUUAUUUUUUUUUGUAUUGAUUAGAGUCUAAAUCACAAUUAAACACUCUAAAUAAAAUUCAAAACUUGAAUCAUUUUAAAAAUGUAUUUUCUUUCCAAUCUGCCUAGGUGAAUUUAGUAAAUUUAUUUUAAAAAUGUAGUGCUAUACAUACAUUACAUAUAAAUAACCCUCCUCUCUCUCUCUCUCUCUCUCUCUCUCUCAACCUACCUUCCUCCCACACCUCAUUUUAUCUUCCUUUUUAAAAAAAAUGUAUUUAAUUUAAACUUUCAUGGCAACUUUUGUUAUGGUUUAUAGAAAAGUGAACAACACAAUAUAGUGUAUAGUAAAUCAUAUUGGCUAGUUGCUACAAACAUUUAUUUUGAAAAAAGAUGGUCAUGAUUUUUAUUAAGAUUUGUUUUUACUGUCAUAAAAUUUGUGUAUUUCAGUAUUUGUUGUAACUCCUCCCCCACUAUGAACACCCUACUCCAAAUCUGACUUCUCCCUCAGUGGAUACAUACUGGUCAUUUAUGGAUGGUACUAGCCCCAAAGUUGGUCCACUGACAAAAUUAUUUAAUAACAUUUUUUUUUAUUAAGCAGCACUAAAUGUGCCAAAUUUUUCUUUAUAAAAAUAAGCUGCCCGUAACAACUAAAAAUAUCUUAUUGUGUUCAAGAAAAGAUCAAGGAAAAUCUUUUUUUUUUAUUUAGUUGUUUAAGCCAAAAAUUUCAACUUGUUUGUUUUUGCU